AUGGAUACGGAAGAAGACAGUAUGAAAGAAGCAAAAUGCAUUAUGGAAGGAAUUUCAUAUAGUGAGGAGCAAUAUGAAAGAAACUAUAACAAUCAAGUCAACCAAUCCAAAGCCAACUUCAACAAUGUGUUAGCCACACCAGCAACCAUUCAAGACCCGAACGGGUAUCCUGACUCAGGAGCCACACACCACAUGACGCAUGAUAAACAAAAUCUGAUAGAGAAAGAAGAAUAUGUUAGUGAUGAACAAGUUGUGAUAGGAGAUGGGACAUAUGAUAUUAUCAUUACUGGUGAUUCUGAACAACAUGUAAAAGAAGUAAUUGAGAAGCUGAAUGCCAAGUUUUCACUCAAAGACAUGGGUGAUCUCCACUAUUUUUUAGGAGUUCAAGUGGCAAAAACAAGAAUUGGAGGAUUGAUCCUGUCACAACAAAAGUACAUUGGAAAAGUAUUAAAGAAAGUUAAUAUAGAUGGGUACAUAAGUUCCCACACACCUCUGCCAUCCAAUGUGAAGUUCUCAACCUUUGGAGGUUCAAGCUUUGAUGAUCCUCAGCUCUACAGAUCUAGAAUGGUAAAAAGGAUACUUCGGUACCUCAGUGGGACAAGAAAUUAUGGCUUGCAAUUGAACAAAGACAACUUGAUACAAGUGACUGCUUAUUAUGAUUCAGAUUGGGUUGGAGAUCUUGAUAAUCGAAAGUCCACAAGUGGAUACUGUGUGUUCCUUAGUUCUAAUUUGAUCUUUUGGGCUUCAAGGAAGCAAAUAGCAGUGGCAAGGUCCAGUACAGAAAUAGAAUACAGGAACAUGACUAUUUUGGCAGCAGAACUACUCUAG